AUGGCGGCCGACGAUGGAGGAGCCAUCGGCUUCGUCUUUUACCGAUAUCACCCCUCCAUGGUGGCUGCCGUCAUCUUCAUUAUCCUCUUCUUCCUCUCCGCGGCCUGGCAUGUGAAGCAAUUGGUGACCAGCAGGACCUGGUACUUUAUACCGUUUGUCGUGGGUUGUUUAUUCGAAGCAAUCGGUUACGUCGGUCGCGCCAUGUCAUCGAAAGAGCAUCCCGACUUUACGAAAAACCCCUACAUUAUCCAAUCUCUGCUCCUCCUGCUCGCACCCGCACUUUUCGCGGCUUCUAUCUACAUGAUCCUCGGUCGACUCGUGGUGCGCCUCGGUGCUGACUCCUACUCGAUUAUCAAGCCCAAGUGGCUCACGAAAUUCUUCAUCCUGGGCGAUGUCCUAUCUUUUUUUACACAGGGAGGAGGCGGUGGCAUUAUGGCGACGGCGAAAAGUAGUGAAGAUGCGCGCAGAGCCGAAAAUAUCAUUCUUGGUGGUCUCGCCAUCCAAAUCCUGUUCUUCGGCUUCUUCAUUGUCGUUUCCUUCAUCUUCCACCUACGAAUCAGUCGUCACCCGACUCCACAAUCCCACUCCCUGAAUACGCCGUGGAAGGGUCUCCUCUAUGUCCUCUACGGCUCAAGUAUUCUCAUCAUGAUCCGAUCGGUCUUCCGAAUCAUCGAGUAUGUUAUGGGGUCCGAGGGCGAGUUGCUGUCAAAGGAGGUAUAUCUGUACAUCUUUGACGCAGUGCCUAUGUUUAUCGUGGUUGUCAUGUUUAACUGGUUCCAUCCGAGCCGAGUCAUUAGCCACGAGGCUAAGGAGCCACUUGCGUCCGUCACAAGCCUCGAGGUCCUUGGGGGAGAUCUUGAGAGCGGCCACCAGAAGUCGGCGCAGUGGAGUAGACAAACUCACGAGUACUCAGCAGGGCAAUCCCGCAGCUAUUCUUAG